UUUUCUUUUUGUUUUUAUUAUCCAAUUCUUGGGCACUACAUUGGACAAAAAUCCAACUAAAAUGCCGGCGGAGGAAAUCAUAAAACAAGGAGCUGAAGGUCGUUUGUAUUUAGGAGAAUACAAAGGUGAAAAAUGUCUGAUAAAAGAAAGAUUUGUAAAAACAUAUCGCCAUCACGAAUUGGACAAUCAAAUCACCAGACAGCGCAUGAAGGCUGAAACAAAAGCAGCGGGACGUUGUCAAAAUGCUGGUAUACUUGCACCCAGAAUGCUUCAUAUGGAUUUAAAUGAACGUAAAAUUUACAUGCAAUAUUUCGAUAAAGCAAUAACCGCAAAGGAAUACAUACAGAGAACGGUGGCUAGUGAAGAGGAUAAGGCUGAAGAAGUUCUUAAAUCAUUAUGUGCAGACAUAGGUAGCACUAUUGGAAAAAUGCAUGCAAAUAAUAUAAUCCAUGGUGAUCUGACUACAUCAAAUAUUCUGAUAAAUCCUAAAUGCGAAGAUGAUUUUACGGAAUUCGAAGUUGUGUUCAUAGAUUUUGGUUUGAGCCACUAUAAUCAAGGUGCAGAAGAUAAAGGAGUGGAUUUAUAUGUGCUCGAGCGUGCCCUACUAAGUACUCACAGUGAGCAACCUUAUAUGUUCGAGUACAUGUUACAAGCCUAUCGCAAAGAAUGCGGUAAAGAUGAGGAAUCGGUGGUGGCUAAAUUCGAAGAAGUCAGAGCAAGAGGACGUAAAAGGACAAUGAUUGGUUAAAUUUUCAAGUUUGGUUUUCUUUAAUUUUACUUAAGAAAUAAACAACAUUUAAAUGAAAUAAAAAUUAAACUCACUUUACAAUUAAGCUAUCCUAAAAGGAUUA